UUUACAGCGGUGAUCCUCGGAGCAGCAGAGAGAGAUCACAGGAGUCUGGGCCGCUGCAGUGCAGCCCAGUGCAGAGACCUUCAGCGCCAAUCUGUACAAUUAAAAAAAAAAAACAACAACAAACCAAAACAAAAAUCUAUUAUUUUAGUCGACGUGGAAAAUCAUCCGCAAAGCCGAGAGCUCCGUGUUAAAAAGGGAUUAUUUGUACUGCAGGAAAAAUCCAGGUCGUGAGAGCGAGCGCAGACGGAGAGAGAGAGAGAGAGAGAGAGAGAAAGAGAGAGAGAGAGAGAGAGAGAGGGAGGGAGAAGGCGAGGAGCUGCAGUUGGUCGAAACCAUUUUUGUCCUGGCGGAUAUUUUGGAUGUGGCCCUAUUGGGAAGCUCAUUGAACGGAGGGCUACGUUUUUCAUUCAUAGCCUAUCCAAGUCAUCCUCGGCUGAACCCUCAGCUCGUUGUUUCCUCUUCACACGUCCCCGGGAUCCACUGCAGUUAGGCCGAGGGUGAAUAAUGAGAAGAAGAAGAAUACAAAAUAAAUAAAAAAAAAAACAAACUGCUCCGUUUCCAGUACGGCAUUCUAGUGCUGGAUGAGAGAGAUUUUCAUCUGCUGACUGUGAAGUUAGCUCGCGCUGCUUUUUUUUCCUUCUGUUGUUUCUCUCUCUCUCUCCCUCUCUCUCUCUCUCUCUCUCUCUCUCUUCGAGGAAUGGAGGCUGAAGAUGCGGAUUGUUGUUCGUGUGAACUGCAUGGCUCGAGACGCUUCGCAUGUCCCAGUGGUUGGCAGGAAUAACACGUCUGCACUGAUCUGAAUGUUUGCUCAGCAGGAAGAUUUCAUUUGCAGCUCUGUUGAUCUUGUUUCAGCGCGACGGAAAACGCGGAUUUGUUUUUCCCGAGUCUAAGUGAAUAUAAAGGACGAUUCGGAGCUGCUUUCGGGUGCUCUCGGUGGACUGGUUUAUGUUAUAUAUGUGGAACAAGGCGUUUCUGUUGGGCAGAAAAGCACGGACUGCGACAGGAAUGAGAUCAGGAACAACGAGGAAUAUUCCGACCUUCUUGUGGGGUCUGGUGCUGUGUGUGUGCACGAUGCGCCAGACCGCCAGCGGACAGCCUGGAGAGAUCUGUGGUCCUCACAUUGAUAUCCGCAAUGACAUCAGUGAGUUCAAGAAGCUGGAGAACUGCACGGUGGUGGAGGGCUACCUGCAGAUCCUCCUCAUAGGAGAUAAAAACCACAACCCUCAUCAGGAGUUUCGCAUGCUUAGCUUCCCCAAGCUCACCAUGGUCACAGACUACCUACUCCUGUUCCGCGUAGCCGGCCUUGAGAGCCUCAGCACGCUCUUCCCCAACCUCAGUGUCAUCCGAGGACGCAACCUCUUCUACAACUACGCCCUGGUAAUCUUUGAGAUGACCAGCCUAAAAGACAUCGGCCUGUACAACUUGAGGAACAUCACGCGAGGGGCCAUUAGGAUCGAGAAGAACCCAGAGCUGUGCUAUCUCGACUCGGUGGACUGGUCGCUCAUUAUGGAUGCAGAGUUUAAUAACUACGUUGCUUUAAACAAGCUGUCCAAAGAGUGUGGCGAUGUGUGCCCUGGCAUUAUGGAGGACAAUCCUCAGUGCUUCAGGACCAGCUUUAAUGACAAUUACAGCUACCGCUGCUGGACUUCCAGCCACUGCCAGAAAGCAUGCCCACCAAAAUGCGAGGGUCAGGCCUGCACGGAUUCGGGCGAGUGCUGCCACCCACAGUGCCUGGGGAGCUGUACGGAAGCAGGGAAUGACAUGGCGUGUGCCGCCUGCCAGCAUUAUUCCCACGAGGGCCGCUGCGUACCAGACUGUCCUCCUGGCACCUACCGUUUUGAGGGCUGGCGCUGCAUCACCAAGGAGGUGUGCGCUCAGGUCCACCUGCCCAGCGAAGUGGACUUCGUCAUCCACGAUGGCGAGUGCAUGCCCGAUUGCCCACCUGGCUUCACCCGCAAUGAGAGCCAAAGUAUGUUCUGUAGCGCAUGUGAUGGCCUCUGUGAUAAGUUCUGUGAGACUAAAACCAUCGACUCGGUGGACGCCGCCCAGUCCCUGCAGGGUUGCACUGUCAUCAAAGGCAACCUGCACAUCAAUAUCCGUCGAGGCAACAACAUUGCUUCAGAGCUGGAGAGUUUCAUGGGCUUGAUCCAAACAGUGACAGGCUAUGUGCGGAUCAAACAUUCUCACACUCUGGGCUCCCUCUCAUUCUUGAAAAGUCUACGCUACAUUAAUGGAGAGGAACUUUUAGACCAGAUGUAUGCAUUUUCAGCAUUGGAUAAUCAGCACCUGCAGUAUCUGUGGGACUGGAGCCAGCACAACCUGACCAUCCGAGCAGGUAAACUUUUGUUCCGCUCCAACCCUAAACUCUGCAUGUCCGAGAUUCGCAAGAUGUGGGAGAAGACGGGUGUCUUGGACAAGAUGGAGGAAGAUGAUGUUCGCAACAACGGGGAACGAGCUAGUUGUGAAAGUCAUAUUCUAAAAUUCAAGUCCAACAGUACCCAAAGCAAUCGAAUAAAACUGACCUGGGAACGCUACCGACCGCCAGACUACAGAGAUCUCAUCAGCUUUAUAGUCUACUACAAGGAAGCACCAUUUCAGAACAUUACAGAGUUUGAUGGGCAGGAUGGCUGUGGGUCCAGUUGGACCAUGGUAGAUGUUGACCUCCCUCAGGAGAAAUCUUUGGAUCCGGGAGUUCUGCUCUACCCUUUAAAGCCCUGGACGCAAUAUGCCGUUUUUGUGAAAGCCAUCACCCUGGUGGUGGAGGAUAAACAUACUCUGGGGGCUAAGAGUGAAGUGGUCUACAUCCGCACCAAAGCUUCGGAGCCCUCAAUGCCCAGGGAUGCGCGUGCAUAUGCAAAUUCGUCCUCAUCUCUAGUAGUGAAAUGGUCUCCUCCCAUUUCCCCAAAUGGGAAUUCCACCUUCUACCUUCUCCGCUGGCAACAGCAGCCUGAGGACCGUGAGCUCUACCAGCACAACUACUGCUCGAAAGAACUGAAGAUCCCAAUCCGCAUUUCAGCCACAUCGCUGUCAGACGUUGAGGAGGACACUAAGCCCACUAAAUCAGACAUGGCUGGUGGUGAGAAAGGCCAAUGCUGCCCGUGCCCCAAGUCCAAGGAAGCCAUAACGGCAGUGGCAGAGGAGCGUACCUUCAGCAAAGUGUUUGAGAACUUCCUCCAUAAUUCUGUAUUCACACCCAGACCUCACAACAGUAGACGUCGCCGGGAGCUUUUUGGGGUAGCUAAUGAUACAUUAGCACGAAGCUUGGGCCACAACGUGACCGCAUUGGAAGGCAACAUGACUGAACCGGAGCUUGUAGAGCGAGUGUAUCCAUUCUCGGAAACCACAUCUCAGACGGAAUUCAUGGAGAUCGUCAACCUGCAACCAUUCACUGUCUACCGUUUAGACAUCCACGCAUGCAACCAUGAGGUCCAGCGAUGCAGUGCAGCUGCCUUCGUAUUUUCCAGGACCAAACCUGCAGAAAAAGCUGACAACAUUCCUGGCCCGGUAACCCAUGAGAUGGAUGAGAGGACAGAGGGGACAGUUCUGCUGAGAUGGCCUGAGCCUCCACACCCCAGCGGUCUCAUCCUCAUGUAUGAACUCAAGUUCCGCCUGGGCUCAGAGCCUGAGAAGCAUGAGUGUGUGUCGCGCCAACAGUACCGGGAGCUUAGAGGAACACGGCUAACCAACUUGGGUUUUGGCAACUACUCAGUCCGUGUGAGGGCCACCUCGCUGGCAGGAAAUGGUUCCUGGACUGAGCCAGUAUCCUUCUAUGUCCCUCAAUCCCAGCAAGCCUAUGACAGUAUGGUCUACCUAGCCAUUACACUACCUAUUGUAGUGCUGAUCUUACUUGUCACUCUCAUCAUCACCAUCAUCUUUGUCAAAAAAAAGAGGAACAGUGAUAGAUUGGGCAAUGGAGUUCUCUAUGCCUCUGUAAACCCAGAGUACUUCAGUGCCGCAGAGAUGUAUGUGCCAGAUGAGUGGGAGGUGGCUCGUGAGAAGAUCACUCUGUGUCGAGAGCUGGGCCAGGGUUCUUUUGGCAUGGUGUAUGAGGGCAUUGCCAAGGGUGUGGUCAAAGACGAACCUGAGACCAGGGUGGCCAUCAAGACAGUUAAUGAAUCGGCAAGCAUGCGUGAACGCAUCGAAUUCCUCAAUGAAGCCUCUGUCAUGAAGGAAUUCAACUGUCAUCAUGUGGUACGGUUGCUGGGAGUAGUUUCACAAGGCCAGCCCACUCUUGUGAUCAUGGAGCUGAUGACACGAGGUGACCUGAAGAGCUACCUGCGCUCCCUGCGCUCAAAACAGCAGGGUUCGUGCAGCCAGGCCCUCCCGCCGCUUAAGAAGAUGAUUCAGAUGGCUGGCGAGAUUUCCGACGGCAUGGCAUACCUCAAUGCAAACAAGUUUGUCCACCGGGACCUGGCCGCCAGGAACUGCAUGGUGGCCGAAGACUUCACUGUCAAAAUUGGAGAUUUUGGCAUGACACGGGACAUUUAUGAGACGGAUUACUAUCGGAAAGGAGGCAAAGGACUCCUGCCGGUCCGCUGGAUGUCUCCCGAGUCUCUGAAAGAUGGCGUCUUCACCACAAACUCUGAUGUCUGGUCAUUCGGGGUGGUGUUGUGGGAGAUAGCCACCCUUGCCGAGCAGCCCUACCAGGGCAUGUCCAAUGAGCAGGUACUGCGCUUCGUCAUGGAGGGAGGCCUGCUGGACAAACCGGACAACUGUCCAGAUAUGCUAUUCGAGCUGAUGCGCAUGUGCUGGCAGUAUAACCCCAAGAUGCGGCCCUCCUUCCUGGAGAUCAUCAGCAGCAUCAAGGAGGAGCUGGAGCCUUCGUUCCGCGACGUCAGCUUCUUCUACAGCGACGAGAACAAGCCACCCGACACUGAGGAGCUUGAUGUGGAGGUGGAGAACAUGGAGAACAUCCCGCUGGACCCCGCCUCCACCCUGACUCCACCCUCCUCUCAGGGGCUUACAGAGACUGCUACUUUGCCCUCUGCCCCCAUGACCUGUACCUCGGUCCCUACGCCCUCCACCUCACCCUCUUCCUCUACAGCAUCCCCAGCCUUGGACUCACACUUCGAAAACACACAGCCGUACGCACACAUGAAUGGUGGCCGCAAAAACGAGCGAGCGCUUCCGCUUCCACAGUCGUCGGCCUGCUGAAUUGCCCUCACAUGCACACGGUAUCCCAUGAUUCCCCUCACCCAUGUUUGUGGUCACAUGUACUUUUUUUUCUCAGUCGAAGAGACAAACUCAAGGAGCAAAGAUGGAGUCGUUACCCAGAUAGACAAUGAUAGACAAUGUCCUACUGUAAAUCAGUACAUUGCUUACUUAUUUUUAUGAUGGUUAUUAUUAUUUUAUGUUUUUUUUCAUCCCAGUGGAAGAUUUGUGUGUGGGACACAGAAAGGCUGCGUAAUGCUCUGGCAAUAUUUAAAAUGACUCGCAUAACCAUCACACUGGGGAGCUGCAGCAGAAACUUCUUUUGUAUCAUAUUUUGUUGCUUUUUUAAUUUCCUAGAGGAAGUUUAAAGAGGUAUAAGCAUAUUCUCGGCCAGAGAAUUGUAUUUAAAAAGAAAUUUUGUGUAUCAGCCAACAAGCCCAACUUCUGAGCACUUUUUAAAGGGCUUGUGUGUGUGUGUAUGCCUAGAGGUGUAUGUGGGUUUUUGCAGUAUGAAAACACACAUAUUCCUCUGCUGUGCUGCACAUCUCUCCCUCACCUGCUCUCUUUAUCGUCACAUUUCUCUUUCAAGGUAGAGUAGUGAGCAUCUCUGCUAAGAUCGCUUGUUCUCAUGUCAGAACUGUUGCCUGGUUGGUCACGUUGUCCUUUGCUCCAACUUUUUCACUAAAAAGAGAGAUGGGGCUUUUUGAAACUGCCAAAUUUUUUUGCCAAAUUGAUACUUUUUCAUAUUUAUUAAUCAGCAUGUUUAUGUUAUUUCCCAAAUUUUGGUGGACAAGAAAGUAUUGCAGUCAAGAAACUAUAGCUCUUACACUGGCCUCAUGCUUGUUUUGUUUUUUUCUUGGUAAAGCAGUUGGUCUGCUCUCCCCUCUGGCAUAGCUCUGAUUGUCCAACUGUGACAUGACCGUGUCCACUCCAGCAUCCGAGAGAUGCACAGCCUCGAUGUGUUGUUUCAAAUGACAUAAAAACAGUCUGACAGCAAACGACGACAAAGUACAUGCUCCGAGUGCUGAGCCAGAUAAGAGGCAUACAAGAUUGUCUCAAAUAUGAAGCAAACCGUUUGGGCUAAGAGGAUCACCAGUUUUGACACGUUUGCAAAGACUUUGAGGCAUUGUACACAGCAGGUAUUUUGUUCAACUAGUUAUUUGUCUCUAUACAAAUCCACCAAUUCUAUGAAGGUCUUACAGUUGUAUGUUAGACCACCAUAUCAUUUACACACAUCGUUGGUUUGUCACUUUUGAUAACUUUUUUACGGCUCUGAUGUUCUUUGUCUGUACAGAAAGAAGCUGCUAUUUUAUCCUUUUUUUCUUCAAGGAUGUUAUAUAUAUAAAUAUAUAAAUAUAUAUAUAAAGAAAUCCUUCAGGUUUAAUAUUUUAUGAUCUCCACUACAGUCCAUUUUCUUAUGCUUUAUACUCUUCUAGCAAAAAUGAAAGAAAAACAAAAAAAAGAACAAAAAAAGAAGAAAAAAAUUAUAUUUAAUAAAACAGAUUUUUUCCCCUUCCUUCCGCUGAGAGGUUGUUUAGAUUGCCACAUACAAUCCAUUGCCUUCUGUUUUUAAUGUAUUAUUAUUAUUAUUAUUAAUAUUAUUAUUAUUAUUAUUAUUAUUACUGUGUUUGUGUAGGUUUUUAAAAAUGCCCUUGGUCUGUGUGAGUAGUUUUGGCACCCUUGUACCAGUUGUCUAGCACUGCACCAAGUCCUGCCCCCUAGGUGCAACUGAAUCUCAGGUCAGAGUUAAGAUUUUGCUCUCUCCACGCAUCCUCGUCCCAGCUCCUCCUUCUAAUCUGUUGCUUUGUCUUUGGUGUAAUGGCGCUCUCUCAUGCUGCUCUCGCCUCCCAUAUGAGUGUUGUACAGUAAUUUUUCUUCCUCCCCCAGUGCCUCAUUCUUAAGUCAAGACUCAUCUUACUUUUGUUGUGUUUUUAUAUCACUAUCACCCCAUCUAUGUAAUUGCUUAGCAUCUGACAGGGCUACUUGGGUCAUCUUAGGUUGCCUUACAAACCCCAACCGCUCGACUGCGCUCUAAAACAACACGCUGCUGUAGGCUGCAUUCUCCAACACGUCUCAGCAUAGUCACACACGCUCAACGGGCGCAGACAUCUCUGAUGAAACAUCUGGAAACCAAAUACAGACAUGGUAGGAUUGAACUCCAGCACAGUGGUCUUGUCAUUUCAAUGAGAGUGAAAGAGAUUCGUUUUUGGUUUUAAAAACACUUUUUUUCUUUUUUUGAAGGAUUUCUCUUUGUAUUUUUGAGAAGUGUCGCCCAUGUGUAAUUUGUCCCUUCAUAGAAGGCUGUUCUCCUUUUCUGUAGGGUUAUUUAUUCUAUUUUAUUUUUUUGUGACAUUAGUUUUAAUCACUGUAUAAAUGGCCCAAUGUGUAUGAGUUUUUAUUUGUAUUUUCCAUGAUGUCAUGACUGGGGGACUUUUUUUUUUUUUUCCAUUUUCUUGAAGCAUUUAUCUACCUCACUCUUUUUUUUUUUUUUUUUUUUUUUUUAAUUAUAUGUGUAUGUGCAUAAAAAGAAAAAUCUCACUAUUUUCUCAUGUCUGUAGGAGACAAACCUCAGUCUCUAGAUGAAAAAACCUCAUCAGCAUCACAAACCACAUGCUCUCAGAAGACUGGAGAGAGGAGGGCUGUGCAGAUUACUGCGAGCCUGUAACAACCAUCCCAAAUUGUAUCCCACAUCAUAAAUGGCCAAGCUCUUUCAUUAUCAUUUUUCCUAAAAAAAAAAAAAAAAAAAAAGUGGUAGAGAGGGAUGUAGGAAUCGAACUGAUAAUUACAAUUCUGGGCUUGGAAAAAAUAUCAAUAUUAAUGCCUUUGCAUAUUUCCAAAAUUCUUUGUACCCUGAUUAAAAUGUUAUUACACGUGAGUGUAAAUGCCUCAUGUGUUUAUAUCAGAAGCAUAUAAAAUUUGGGACAGAGCCGCAUAGCUUCAGCCAUCCUCUCUCCAUUCAAUAACGUGAUUUCCGCAACCAGGAAUCCUCAGAUCAUACAGCUGGCUUUGAGGGUUUGGCAUUCAUGGUUUUAUUCAAAUACUGCUGUGAUUGAUUUCCUGCCUAAACACAAACUGUUGAAUUUCCAAAGCAAGUACAAUUAAGGGAAAAAAACUGUAUGUAUGUAUAAAUCUUAAGCCAGCAAAACCACUAUUCUCCAUUGAUUUUAUUUAUUUGGCUGACCUUAUAUUUCAUGAUCCAGGCACGAAACAGUGACAGUUUGUGGCUCUUGUGCUAUAAAUAUCAUCUCAUUCUGUUUAACUGUCUAUGCUUUGGCACUGACAGAGAGCAGGUACUGUAGUGCCGUUCAUCCCUACUCUAACUCUAACAUCCUGCAGCAGACAUACUGAUGUGAUUUUUAAUCUGCUUUCCUCAUUAAAAAAAACUGAUUUGGCUCUUUCAGCCUGGCUAUAUUAGCACUGAUCAGACCUGCCUCACUUUCAGCUGUAAAAGUACCACUGCAUCAUUCCUUCACCUUUCUACUAACACUUAACACUCACAGACCAGCCAAAUAUUUAAACGGUCCUGAGCCAGUUUCCAUUAAAAAUAUGUUUAGCAUUAUCAUUAGCUCAGCAUAUAAUGAUUACACUGAGAGAUUCUACACUCAUUACACUUUCUGCUUGUAAGAAACUCAAUCUUGACUCAAUAUUUCAAUAAUUUCUAAAAUGUAAAAUAAGCACCAUAGUAAGUGCUUUUGCAAAUUCGGUAUUUAGGUAUUUGGCCUUCUGAAGACUCCAUGUUUCUGCAUGCUGUGCUGAUUUGGUUUAAAACUUUCUUCCUUCUGUUUUUUUCCCAGACAUUUCACAUAGUCGUCUAUCCCAUCUCCUUUUCUAGAGAUUAAAGAAAGACAAAAGUGUCUCAGUUAUUGUGUCUCUAUUCUGUAACGCUGCUCCCAAUAUGCUGCUCCUCUGUCUGUUUUAAGGCCUCUCCAUUUCAACUGGCUAUCCGGAGCUUUGGACAGGUGCUUGGUCUCAGCAGAUUGGUUUUCCAAACAUGCAUUUACUAAAGCGAACAAGGCGUUAGACCAUCAAAGCACGUUUCACACUUGGCAAAGGACUUUGAAGCACACAAAAAACUUAAGCGCUCCAUAAUAUCUCACCAACCCUGAAAGUUCCGCUUCGUAGCACUUAACGUUCUUUCAAUCUCUAUUUGUAGUAGUCUUCUGUAAGAGGAAUUUCAGGGCUAAAAAUGUGGCCAGUGAUGGGGAGACCUGGUUGGGAGAUCAGAUUGCUGAAAAAGUAUGGUAUGGAAAAAAAAAAAAAUUCAAUGGUGUUCUGCGUGGGACAA